CGCGAACGUAUUUGGUUGUGUUAUUUUACCUUCCUGUGGUGUGCACAAUUUUAUUAUUUGGAAUACUUUUUUCGGAUUAUUGUGCAUUAUAGUGACAGUUUGUCAGAGCUCGUCUACUUUACUGAUUGAAAUUGUGAUUUGAUGAAAAUACUAUCCAUCUUCUAUCAAGUUUUGUAUUAUUAAAGGACAGCAUAUUUGUGUAUUAACUAUAAAUUAUGAUUACGAAGAUUCUCAUUUUAUCGGCAGUUAUUGCAUCUUUUAAUAUUGUCGUUGGCCAUCCUGUUGAGGUUAAUGACGCAGCCAUAGAAAUCGAAAAACAAAGGCUAAUUAAAUUUCCCGAUGACGUGGACUUUCCACAAAAUUCUUCAACCAACAGUUCUGAUACAAAAACGCUGGACGAGGCUGAGCGCAUUCUACAGGAAAUUAAUAAAAUCAACCAUGCACUGGGAUACAUCCGAAAACAACCUGAUAAAUCUAAGCUUCCCCACAUUUUAGAUUCAAGUCAGUAUCUGUUUCCAAAACCAGCAACCCAGCCUUUUCACCAGCAAAAUCACCAAGCCUCUGGCGUGAAUGGGGGCACCAUUCUAAUUCCGUCCAUUAGAUCGAUGCCGUUAGGUGGCCAAAAUGCAAUACCUUACGUUAAUCCUCGGCCCACUGAAAAAAAAAUACGUAUUUUCUACAAGAGUUUAGCAAUGAAGGAUAACUAUAUAUUUCGUCCAAAUCAAGUUAUUGUACCAGAUCCAGGGGACAAGAAUGAACAAUGGAAGUUGCCUACACAUUUCGCUAUACCACUGCAACUUUACAAAUAUAAUAAGAAGGAAUACAUUCAAACGAAUGCCCCACAAGAGUUUAGAGCAAAAGGAUACAAAAUUGUUGGUGAUGUCGACAAUUUUUAUAGCAGAACAAAAUCUAAAAAUCUUGCAACAAAUGAUACAAAAGUUAAGCCAUCCACAAAGUAUCAUCUAUUUUUUCUUCCGCAAGAGAUAGCAUUGGUGGAGGAUUCCCAACGAAACAAAAUCGAAAUCUCCGAAAUGACAUCAAAAGCGAAACAAAAUCAAAGUACACAAGGAAGUAAUAUGAGGGAAGAGAAGGUAGUUGGGAUUCAGAGGCCCUAUAAAAUACAGGCAAGCGCUACAAGUAGUAGUAGCGACUCCAAUUUAAAUACCAAUGUUACAACACAAAUUAUUCGAAAACGUGUUAUACCCAAACCGAUCAGGGAGAAAGAACCAAUACUAAGUGAAGAAACAGAAGAACAUCUCACUCUCGGAAGCACUAUAAAUAGUAACAGUAACAAUCCUCACGUCAACACAAAUAUAAAUAGUAAUAGUAAACCAACAUUCAAUAUCAGCCCAAAACCCAACUCCAAUUUUAUCAAUUCUCGCCCUGGUAUUUUGAACUUCCCUAAUGUUGGUAAUAUUCCCCGUCCAGGUGACCAUAAAAACAUAACUGCUGGCAAUGCCAUAAAGAGCGCUUUUCAAAACAUAUUUAAAAUACCAUUUCUUCAGGAUAAUAAACCAGACAUAGCAACAGGAGAAUCGGGGCAAACAUUACAAAUAUCGCCCAAACCAACAUUUACUGCACAAGCAUAUCAGCCUACACCAACGUUUUACGAAAUUGUUGGGACACAACCACCACAGAAGGGAAAUGAUUAUCAAUGGGAUGAUGAAACGAGUAAUAGCGCUUCAGAUGACGAAGAAAGUAGUUCUAAUGAACAUGAAGAAAAAAACAUAUUUAGCAAUCACCACAAUGCAGAGCAGAAAACUCAAAUGGAAGCAUUUAAGCAGGGCGGAAUUAUCAUACAACGCCUAAAAGUUCGAAAGGGCGGCAUUGCUAUUGCGGGUCCAGGUGGUGUUGCAACAGCAGGUAGUGGUGGCACCGCUAUUGUUGGCCCAGGGGGCUAUGCGCUUACUCACCCACGUAGUCUAACGAUUGCCGGACCGGGAGCUAAGGUGAUUGCAAUACCCUCCAACGUGGAUUUAAUAGAUGCAUUGGAAAGAACAAAUUUGGCAGAAAAAAGUAUUCCUCGUGAGGGAAAAGUUGUUGCUACUGGUCCAACAGUGUAUUAUUCACCCUCAACGGGAGUUGGAAUAAUUUAAUGAUGCUUACAUUUGAUGAAUUUAGACAUAAAGGCUUACCUAUGUAAAUGCCAUGAAAGCAAUAAAAUAAUUGUAUUGUAUAAUAUGAUAUGUAACGCAAUAUUGAACUGUUAAUACUCAAGUGGUACAAAUUAAAUUAAUUUAUUUAAAAUAAUAAAAUUAAUAGAUAUUUAAUGAACUGUAGAUAUGUACAUACACAAGUAACAGAUGGCCAUAUUUUCGGAUAUCUCAUUUCAGAACUAUCAUUCAUCACUUUCUGUUGAUACUGCCACUAUCGUUAAUAUAAUUGCUUAGUGUUGCAUGUCUUAAUUAAAAUCGUAGUAUAUACAUAUGUAUAUUGUAUUUAUUUUAGACAAUUUUAACAAUCCUGCAAACAUAUUCUUUUCUUUUUGCACUGCACAUACUCCAACUUU